UCUAUGAACCGUUCGGACCGCGUCCAUCUUAAACGUCAAACCGAACGUUCCUCGAGUUUUCGUCUAUUUCGAAUCGUUCAAGACGGGUCAGUUCAAAGAAAUCUUGGCCGGCAUGCCUUCCGAUGCUGUCGGUUUUCUGAAAGACUUCCUGGCGGGCGGAAUAUCAGCCGCUGUGGCCAAAACAGCAGUCGCCCCGAUCGAGAGAGUCAAGCUUAUAUUGCAAGUUCAAGCAGCGUCACAGCAGAUAGCCAGUGGCGCCCAGUACAAAGGGAUGGUAGACGCUUUUGUGAGAAUACCAAAGGAGCAAGGAUAUCUGAGCUUCUGGCGCGGAAACAUGGCGAACGUUUUGAGGUAUUUCCCUACCCAAGCGUUGAACUUUGCGUUCAAGGAUGUUUACAAGCAGCUAUUUAUGAGUGGCGUGGAUAAGGAGAAGCAGUUUUGGAGAUAUUUCGCCGCUAAUUUGGCGUCAGGUGGAGCUGCUGGUGCUACUUCGUUGUGCUUCGUGUACCCCUUGGACUACGCUAGGACUCGCCUGGGGGCCGACGUUGGCAAGACUUCAGGUGAUCGGCAGUACAGUGGACUCAUAGACUGCAUUUCCAAAACUAUAAAAUCGGACGGACCUAUUGGGUUAUACAGAGGUUUCGUCGUAUCCGUUCAAGGUAUUGUGAUCUACAGAGCCUCAUAUUUUGGGAUGUUCGAUACCUUCAAGGGGAUGCUGCCAAACCCGAAGAACACACCUUUUAUCGUGUCUUUCCUGAUAGCUGAAGCGGUGACGACGACCGCUGGUAUAAUUUCUUAUCCUUUCGAUACUGUGAGAAGACGUAUGAUGAUGCAGAGUGGCAGGGCGAAAAAGGACAUCAUGUAUAAGAACACGUUGGAUUGCUGGAUGAAGAUAUCGAAGAACGAGGGUCCUACUGCCUUCUUUAAGGGUGCGUUUUCCAAUGUGCUUAGAGGAACUGGUGGAGCUUUGGUCCUGGUGUUCUACGACGAGUUGAAGAAGUUACUUUAAGCUUGGUUAUUGUUUGGUUUAGACUAGGUUUGUUUUCGAGUUUUGUGUUUUAGUUCUUGUAUAUGUAAGUCUUAUUGUGGUCCUGUUACAGAGUUUAGGAUGUAAUAAUUACUUGGAGAUUGAGUUGACUUUGUUGAUGUUCUGAAUAAAUUUGAACUUAGU